AUGGAGAACCUUCUGAGCCUUUUGAUCUUUGCUAGAGGACUUAGACAAGGGGACCAAAUGUCCCCUUACCUAUUUGCUAUUGCUAUGGAGUAUUUAAGUAGACAUCUGAAUGAAUUUAAGCACUGCAAAACUUUCAAAUACCAUCCCAGAUGCUCUAAGCUUGGAAUCACUCACUUAAGCUUUGCUGAUGAUUUGUUACUAUUUGCUAAGGCUGAUGUGGCUUCAGUUACUGCACUCCAGCACUGUUUCAAAUCCUUUUCUCAGGCUUCAGGACUUCAAGCUAACUUAGAGAAAAGCUCUGUGUACUUUGGAGGUACUACUCAAACUGUGCAGGAUGAGAUACUAUCUCUUCUUGGUUACUCAUGUGGUGAGCUUCCAUUUAAAUAUCUAGGGGUCCCUUUCUCUACCAAGAAGUUGACUAUGUCGGGAGCAAAUGUCAUCACUAAAAAGGCCCUUGUAGCUUGGGAAAGGGUGUGUACCCCAAAGUCAGCAGGGGGACUGAAUUUGAUUAACCUCCAGCUUUGGAACAAGGUUGCUAUAGCCAAGACUUGCUGGGAUUUGGAACACAAGGAAGAUAAACUAUGGAUCAGAUGGAUCCAUGCUUUCUACAUUAAAGGGCAGCAAUUUUAUGAGGUGAUCAUACCACAAAAAGCAUGCUGGAUGGUGAGGAAAAAUUUGGAGGUUAGAACUUUGAUUGCCCAGGUUCAACAUAAUGCCACUACUGGAAAGUCUCUUAUUAAAGUCAUUUACCUGUAG